AUGGUUUUGCCUAAAAUUACAGGUUGUCUAAUUUAUGGAAUGGACAAGAAACGAAAACAGUUCGGGACGCGUUAUUUAACCGAUGAAUCGGAAGUUUUCAUGCAUAAUGCAUGGGAUGAUGUGCGCUGGAAUUCGGAGCAAGAAGCCGAAGCGCAUCGUCGAAUCGUGGGACAGAAGCAAGCCAUCGUUACAGUGGAAGAAGCCGAAAUGCUGCGCAAAAACCCAGCGGAACAAUGGGAAAUUUUCUACCGAAAGCAUAGCAAUAAAUUUUUUAUGAAUCGAAAUUGGCUCCUGACAGAGUUUCCCGAACUGAAUGUUGAGCAGAGGGAAUCUGCCGAACCAUUACGUAUUUUGGACGUUGGAUGCGGUGUGGGCAAUGCGACAAUACCACUUCUUCAAGCAUUUGCGCACUCGGAUCAAAUUUUUGUUUAUGCUUGUGACUAUUCACAGGAAGCUAUUGGUAUUUUAAAACAGCUCACGGAUGACCAACGCUGUAAACCGUUUGUUUGGGAUAUAACGGGACAGAUGACGGAUGUGGUACCUGCGGGAUCUUUGGACGUGAUCCUUUGUAUAUAUGUGCUAUCUGCACUUCCACCUGAAAAACAUCGACAAGCGGUUGAAAAUUUGUCGAAAUUGUUGAAACCUGGAGGUGCUCUUUUAUUGAAAGACUAUGCGCAAUUUGAUAUGACACAAUUACGGUUCAAGAAAAAUCGCCUAAUCGAUGAGAAUUUUUAUCGACGUGGUGAUGGUACACUGGUUUAUUUUUUCACACAAGAAGAACUGCACCGGCUGUUCACUGAAGCAGGACUGGAAAAAGUUGUGAAUAUACUCGAUCGAAGGCUGAUUGUUAAUAGGGCCAAGUUAGUGAAAAUGUAUCGUAUGUGGGUGCAAUGCAAAUAUGUUAAGAGUGCUAGGUAA